AGUUACUCCAAACACAGUUAAAACAGCUCAGAUACGGGAAGAAAAACUUACACAAUGGUCACAUACGAAAGGAAAGAAAUAUUCUACUUUUUCAUCUUGUUUAGUCUUAUUAUAGGUGUUGAACGCUGCAGCAGUGUGUCAUAUAAUACAUUAACUGUUAAGACUGGAGGAUCUGUCACCAUCCCAUGUCAUUAUGAUGAGAAAUACACACAUCAGAAGAAAUACUGGCAUUCAGAAAAUAAUAAGUCCAGUACAUACACAAACACAACAGAGGAGAAUCUGUCAGUAAUUGAUCAUCCUGAUCAGAGUCUCUUUACUGUGACUAUAAGAAACCUGCAGAGCACAAAACAUGAUGGAAGCUAUUAUUGUGCUCUGAAGAUUGAAGGAAAAACGACUCUCAUAUAUGAUAUUUCUCUGGAGGUUCAAUCUGCUCCUGAUGUGUUUGUGGUGAGCAGCAGUGUAUCUGGACAUGAAGGUGGUGAUAUCAGUGUUCAGUGUUUCUACAGUUCUGGAUAUAAGAAUAAACUCAAACAGUGGUGCAGAUAUAAAGAUCAGAGAUGUUACACAGUGGGGAGGACUAACACAUCCCAGAAUUCAUCAGUCCAGAUCAGUGAUGAUGGGAGAAGAUCCUUCACUGUGCUGAUGACUGGACUGAGACUCACUGAUUCUGGCUGGUACUACUGUUCUGCUGGAGAUCUGCAGGCUCCUGUUCAACUUAAUGUCUCUGACAAUUCACAGGUUCCUUUUCUCAUGGUCAAUGAACCAAAACCAGUUGUGACCACAGAAGGAUUUGUGAGAAUUAGGUUAGAAGUUUUUUUUAAAUAAUUAAGAUUUUCUGUCAUAGAAUUUAUUAUUUUU